AAAAAGAUAAGAAGCAACAAUAAAUUAAAAGCUACAGUAGAAAACUCUUAGAAACUCUCAGGGUUAAACAAUUGUGUGCAGUUUCCAGUUUCCUUCGGACUACACAUAACCAGCGGCUUAGUAUUGUGUUCUUACGAGCAGUGGUUAGUUAAGCGAUUAAUUAACAACACUCUCCCGGGUGGACACAGGCAUCAAAACGAGCAAACCCCCUCGGGAGAGCAGCCACGACGACAGUGGGGAGUGACGUUUGAUUUGUCCAAAAGAAACUCGCAGGAAGUGACGCCUCCCUGUACGCGACGGGCGGGAUAUCCGCAGUAGUAAGCUAACUAAUAACAUGGCGAAGACUUACGAUUACUUGUUUAAACUACUUUUAAUCGGCGAUUCCGGCGUUGGGAAGACCUGCGUGCUUUUCAGAUUUUCAGAAGAUGCCUUCAACUCAACGUUUAUCUCCACGAUAGGUAUUGACUUCAAAAUCAGAACAAUAGAAUUAGAUGGAAAGAAGAUCAAGCUACAGAUAUGGGAUACAGCAGGACAGGAGAGGUUCAGGACUAUCACAACAGCCUACUACAGAGGAGCCAUGGGCAUCAUGUUAGUGUUUGACAUUACCAAUGAGAAGUCCUUUGAAAACAUCAAGAACUGGAUACGGAAUAUAGAAGAGCAUGCAUCAGCAGACGUGGAAAGGAUGGUCCUUGGGAAUAAGUGUGACGUUAAUGACAAGCGUCAAGUGUCCAAAGAAAGAGGAGAGAAGCUGGCGCUGGAGUACGGUAUCAAAUUUAUGGAGACCAGUGCGAAGGCGAACAUCAACGUGGAGAAUGCCUUCUUAACGCUUGCCAGAGACAUUAAGGCAAAAAUGGACAAGAAGCUGGAGGGAAACAACCCACAGGGCAGCAAUCAAGGAGUAAAGAUUACAGAACAACCCAAGAAGAGCAGUUUCUUCCGCUGCACGCUGCUGUGAGAAGACGAGUGCGUCGGCAACCACCAUCGCCUUAACCGUGUCCCCCCACUGGACAUAACUGGACAGAGCACACGCUGAUCUGUUUUAUCCUUCUUCAUUUGUCUUCCUCCUCCUUCUGAUUUGUCCCGUCAUUAUGUAAUUAGGAAAAGUCUACCCCCCCGCCUUGGUUUACCAGUCUUCCUUUAAUACCUGUGGAUCUAACUGCUGUGGGCUCUGUUACAUAUUUAAUCUCAUUUCUUUUUUUCUCCCCCACCCCCCAUUAAUUAAUAUUUUCAGUGUAGGCACAAGAGUGAAAGAUUCUUAACGGUCACGUCCUUAAAUACUAAGAAAGAUCCAACCUUUCGGCAGUGACGGAUAAUAAUUAAGGGAUUCGUUCAUCAAAUUUGAGAGAGUUUUAAUAUCUACGUAACUAGAGAGGCUAAUUUUUUAAGCAGCCAUUUCCUGAGUUUAUCAUGUUCAAAAGCUGAUUGUGCACAGCUAAAUACCAUAUGGAUUGGAUACAAAAAAAAGAAAAAGUAUUCUUCUUCUUAGAGAUUAAGGACGUUGCAUGUACAACAUUGCCAAAACUCUGUGCACAGAAGAGCACUAACCAGAGGAGAAAGAGAAGUGGGAGACCCCAGUGCCCAGCUGAACAACAAUAGGACAAGUCUGAGAAACACACAGAAACGCCUCACAGUUCCUCAUCUGGCAGCUUUUUAAAAGAAUGUAUUUGUCUAGACUAGUUUUGAAGUGAGUAGGAAGUGCUGUUGCAUUUCUUUGAUCAAGAAUAUAACUUUUUCAGGUGCGUUUUGAGCCUUUAAUCCAACACACAAAGGCUGAUUCUCCAGACGCUGAACUAGCCGCAUCGUUUGCUUCUUUAGUCAGCACAGCAUUCUUCAGCUUCUUACAUGAUAAACUUGCGUUAGGUGACACGAUGCAACAUUCGAAGCCAGAGGCGAUGGUUGCUGAAAACAGGGUAUGUAUGCUUGAUCCUCCAUUAAAGCUCAGUGAUGGUUCCUGAUGAAUAAUUCCAUUUAUCAUUAAUUUAAUGCGCUAUUACAUAAAAACAAAUAUCCUUUUCCUUAAGGACGAUCCCCAGUCACCACAAACCUUUAGGCAGCGCUGUAUUUGAUCCUUGUGACCAACAAAAGACCAGAUUAUACUUAAAGAAUACGUGUAUUACACUCAUGUGUUUUUAUAAUAUUUCGAUUGUCACCCGUGCUUCCAAAGUGAUGCGUACAAUCCCCCCCCCCCCCCCCACACACACACACACACACACAAGAUAUUAUACUAGAUAUUUGUCCUGACAGGGUGGUCUAGCUCUUUCCUUAAUGUCCACAUCUAUGUAAAUGCAUCGUGUAAAUAUAUUAAAAAAAAAAAAAAAAAAAAAAA